AUGGAUCCAGCCUGGGACCGAUCCCACAGGCCUCGGCCGAGCACGGCCAGCAUCCGGGUACGGGAGCUGAGCUGGCAGGGCCUGCACAAUCCCUGCCCUCAGAGCAAGAGCCUGGGCAGCCACGGGGAUGGCGGAGAGUGGCCGGUCCUGGAGUACCUGUCCCCUGCCAGACUGCAGGCCCUGGCCCAGGUGGACGACCUUCGGCUGGUGAGGCUGCUGGAACUGCGUGUGGACACCCGCGAGGGCAGCCUGGGGACCCUCGGGAUGCACCUGCCCAACCUGGACCAACUGAAGCUGAAUGGCAGCCACCUGGGCUCCCUCAGAGACCUGGGCACCUCGCUGGGCCGCCUGCAGGUGCUGUGGCUGGCUCGCUGUGGCCUGACGGACCUGGAUGGCAUCGGCUCCUUGCCGGCACUCAAGGAACUCUACGCCUCCUACAACGGCGUCACGGAGCUGAGCCCGCUGUGCCUGCUGGAGCGGCUAGAGGUGCUGGACCUGGAGGGCAACAGCGUGGAGGACCUGGGCCAGGUGCAUUACCUGCGGCUGUGCCCGCGGCUGGCCACGCUCACGCUGGAGGGCAACCGGGUGUGCCUGCAGCCGGCCCCCGGCCCCUGCCACAAGGUGCCCCAGGGCUACAACUACAGGGCCGAGGUGAGGAAGCUCCUCCCCCAGCUGCAGGUCCUGGACGAGGUGCCGGCGGCCGACACAGCCCUGCGGGCCCCCCAGCAGCUGGACCAGGACCGGCUCCUGGUGAAAGAGGCCAUCAGGAAGGGCAGCAUCCUCCCGGGGCUGGGUCGUCCCCAUGGAGACCCUGUGCGGAGCCUGGACCCUGAGCUGUCCCUGCCUGAGAACCAACCCCAGGUCCCUGGGCCCCAGGCCUUCUCCCUCCGGGUCCUUGGGGAACCCCUGCCCGAAGGCCUGCUUCCUGAGGACACGGCCCCAGAAGACAACGCCAGCACCCUCACCCACGGUGCUGGCCAAGUCCUCUGCGGGAACCCCACCAAAGGCCUGCGGGAGCGUAGGCACCAGUGCCAGGCCUGGGCACCCCAGGAGCACCUGCCCACACCCAGUCAGAACCCAGAAGGCCUGGCCGCCAGCACCUCCGCCCCAGGGCCUGACCCUGCAGACAGCUGUGACCUCCUGGCCUUGGCCGGACUUCGGGCCCAGAGGGAGCUUGCCCUGUGCCCCCUCCCCCGUGGGCACCCAGAGUCCCAGCAGGAAGAGGCUGCAGCCCCCCGGGGCCCACGGAGGACCCCUGGAGAGCAAGAGGACCAGGCAGAGCCCAAGAUGUCCCCCAGGCCACUGAGCCUGGCCUCAGAGCCUCCCAGGAACUUCGGCUACCACCUGGUCCCUUCCCCACCAAAGCACCCAAGGCCACCUGAUUCAGGCAGCAGCUCUUUGCGGGGGUCUGCAAACCUCCGAUCCAGGGGGCGCUGGCUCAGAGCCCUGGGCAGCCUGGGGGACAGGGUGGCCGCAGUGGCUGCCCUGAGAGCCCUGGAGGUGGCCUCCGGCCUGCCAGCACCCCCUCCAACAGCCACACCCCGGGGCCUCCGUUGCCUGCCUCUCCUGAAGCCCGUCACCCCAGCCCAGGCCCACCCUUAG